UUCAACUUCAAUGCCAUGACCGUAAGCUCGCCCCUUUCGCUUAACUCCUUAAAAGCACCAACACUUCAGUAUCUCGUAGCUGGGUGGACCUUGAAAGUAAUUCCAACUGCCGGUUCUGCUAACCGAGGAAAUCGAUUAGGACUUCUCGUUUUCGAUUGGCAUACCGAUAGGGGCACACAGGCUGCUCAAUUGCGGAUGCUGCUGACACCAGAGCGAUACGUUGCCCGUCACGGCAGGAUGGCUGUAACGGUUGCUACUUUGGGUGAUAAGGUAGGCGGGACGGUUGAUUUGUUGUCUUCAACGACAAUGACUGCAUACGAGGUCAUUAGCGAAACUGUUAACAUGACUUCCACUAGUGAUGAAAUCCGACAGAAUGGAACCCACGACCUAAGGCUCUCUCCAGACCGUGAUAUCGACUAUAUUCUGACCAACGAAACCGUGCAGAUACUGUUUUGUCUUCUGUACUCGAGUAUAUUUAUCCUGGGAAUAUUCGGCAACGUUUUGGUGUGUUACGUUGUCUUUCGGAACAAAGCCAUGCAAUCGGUGACAAACCUGUUCAUAACGAAUUUGGCUCUGUCCGAUAUACUGCUGUGCGUUCUGGCAGUUCCGUUUACUCCAUCGUACACCUUCCUCGGUCGAUGGGUAUUUGGUAAGCUCAUAUGCCACACAGUUCCUCUGGCACAAGGUUGCAGUGUGUACAUAUCCACUUUAACGCUGACCUCGAUAGCGAUAGAUAGAUUCUUUGUGAUUAUCUACCCUUUCCAUCCUCGCAUGAAACUUUCCACCUGCAUCACGAUCAUCGUGCUAAUAUGGAUCUUUUCCGUGGUAGUCACUUCGCCAUACGGCCUAUAUAUGCGAAUGCACGACGAUAGCAACGGAACGCUAUCGAACUACACUCUGCUGGAGGAUCGGCCCUUUUAUUGCGAAGAGCUGUGGCCUUCGGAAUACAUGCGUAAGAUAUUUUCGCUUGCUACCUCGAUACUUCAAUUCGUUCUUCCAUUCCUUAUAAUGGCCUACUGUUACAUCUGUGUGUCAAUUAAGCUGAAUGACCGAGCUAGAACUAAGCCAGGCUCUAAAACCACCCGUCGUGAAGAAGCGGAACGAGAUCGCAAAAAACGCACCAACCGAAUGCUGAUUGCGAUGGUCGCCAUUUUCGGUAUCUCGUGGCUGCCACUGAAUCUCGUCAACAUGUGCAACGACUUUUACUCAGACAUUAAUCAGUGGCCCUUCUACAAUCUACUAUUCUUCAUUUCUCACCUAAUCGCCAUGAGUUCGACCUGCUAUAACCCAUUUCUGUACGCCUGGCUAAACGAAAACUUCCGUAAGGAGUUCAAACAGGUUUUACCUUGCUUCGAUCCGUCCCGAGGUCGCAGCACGAUCAGUAUGCGGCGUUCCGAACAUCGAACCUGCAACGGUAAUAACGACACCGUUCAGGAAACACUCAUUCCAACGUCCCAGAUUCUACCGCCGGCGAUGAAUCGUUCGCCCAAUACAACCACGACUACCACAACGACCAGCGACUCCGGCAAACAAACGGUGGAUUCCAUUCUCCUGUCGGAAAUUGGCUCACCUCCGAUGUUGGCUCCUAAUCCUCCGCUGCUUCCUUCGAUUCAGAAUCAGGAAACAAUCGUUCUUCCUUCCGGUGUCCUUGAGACGCCCUUCGAGGUACAGCUCCCGGUACCAGCAAAGCAGCAACCACAACAACAAGCACAAAGUACGAACGGUGUGGGGAACGGAGGCCUAACAUUGGGGGUCUCCGCCGCAAACCACCUGCGGAGCAGCAAUCCGAAGCUCCAAUCGCUAAUACUAAUCAACGACGGUACCUGCGGUGAUACCAAGCAGCCCGAAAUACUCUAG